AUGGAUAAUGGAAGCGAUCGAACGUCAUUUAAUGGUUAUUUGGCGCCAAGGUGGACACCCAGGUGAACGUGUUUCGAUGCGCUGAAGUUUGGUUAUACUUCCGAAGGAUGAAAUUUGGCUGAAUGGUGCAAGAUAUUGGUGUGGUGUAUGGCCAAAGCAUCGGAACCAAGCACACAAUUAUUGGAAAAGUGGCGCUGGAGACGCUGGAAAUUUGAAGAAAAUGAAUGUUGAAGAUGAAAGAAAUCAUGGUGAAGAUUCAAUUAGAUGCGCGUCGUGGAGUCUGGAUGUUCGGAGGUCGAAAGUAGAUAGGGAUCGAAAUCGAUGA